AUGGGCGGCCCUACCGGUUCCCAACUCACACACCACUCUGAGCCAGAAAGCGCUCGCAUCGAUGGUAAACGGGUGGCUAUGCGGCAGAAUAAAAGGGACUCAUCGUAUGGUUUGUCCAAAAUGAAAAUGAUUGUAUGCGCCGGUUGUGAUCUACCAAUUCUGGACCGAUUCCUAUUGAAUGUAUUGGACCGCUCGUGGCAUACAAAGUGUGUGCAAUGUGCAGAGUGUAAAUCCAAUCUUCAGGAGAAGUGCUUCUCCAGAGAGGGAAAGCUCUAUUGCCGGAACGACUUCUUUAAAUCCCUUACCCCCGAAUCUGAGUCCAAACUGUUGGCGUCUGGCAUUGAAAUACGGCUCAGAAGUCGUCUAAGAAGGGAAGCGGCAAAAGAGACGGCACUCAUGACUGACGAGCACUUACUUUUUGGGACAAAGUGUUCCGGUUGUUCGCAGGGUAUACUACCCACGGAUCUGGUGCGCAGAGCCCGCAGUAAAGUAUUUCAUCUGAAAUGCUUCACGUGUUUGGUUUGUCGGAAGCAGUUAUCGACGGGCGAAGAGCUUUAUAUACUCGACGAGAAUAGGUUUGUUUGCAAAGAGGACUACAUGACCAGUAGGCAUAACCAAGUAUUAACCGCCGGAUCUCCCGGUGAGCCAGACUUAGACGACAGUAUAGUUAGUCCGCCAGAGCUAGACAUCGGACCGCAUGGGGCCGACUCUGACCAUGAAGAGGAUAAUUUAUUAGGCAUGGGUCCGCUGCCAUCCCUGAGCAGCAUCGGGCGCGGGUCGGGCCACCACUCGGCCAUCAUGUCGAGCAAGAGCUCCCCGAUGUCUGCCAGCAGUUCGAUGAGCGACUCGGGUAUCAGUGGACCGAACGGCACGAACGGCGGCACUGAUCCCACGUCACCGACACACGCGUCCGGAUCUAACAGCGCCGGCAACGACGAGAACCAACCGGGAGGUACCAAACGCCGGGGUCCGCGCACUACCAUCAAAGCCAAACAACUCGAGACUCUGAAGGCCGCCUUCGCCGCCACACCGAAGCCCACGAGACAUAUAAGGGAACAGUUGGCCCAAGAGACCGGACUAAACAUGCGAGUCAUACAGCCAUGCAUUUUGGUGGUAGUGUUGGGGCAACUGCUGUGCUGUUAUUUAAUGCAUUAUCUCAUAGCCAUAGCCUUCGCACAGCAUAACCACUCCAUGGCAGAGAUGUUGUCUAGGAUUUAUGCUGUGGAUGUGCUGCAAGAGUCUCAGCACUGCUAUACUACCAGUGCUGAUGCCAGCGAUGGCAUAGAGGAGUCUGUGCUCUGCUUCUGA